CUGUGGACAGGAGUGUCGUCACCCUGAUGAGCGACCGACUCAACGCUGUGUCAAUGAGCAAGGUGCAGAGGCUGCUGCAGCAGGGCCACGACGAGUGGUACGUGGAGCGUCGGGACUUGUACCAGACUCUCCUGUACGAUGCCCACACGUCGGCGGCUGGAUCGUCUCAGCAAGGCAUCCUGUCGUUUGCCAGAGCAGCCGGCACUUACACCCCUCCCAUCGCCCCGUCUCCCCUUCCGUCUGCUCGGGUCCUGAGGCGUGCGCACCUGAUCCUGGAGAUGGAGAAGAUGCCCGUGUACAGGGACCAAAUCCUCAGUACGACUGGGGAAAUCCUGUGCAUCGACGGCACAAGGAAGAUUCUCAAGAAGAUCUACGGCGACGGCCAGGGCACCAUGCAGUACGUCACCAGCGUGCUGAAUGAGUGGGGUCAGUUCUUGACCACAGUGGUGGUGGCGUCCGAGUCCGAGGGCUGCUACGCACGCAUGGCCAGAGGUCUGGUCGCCCGCUUUCGCCGUGCCAACGCUCCUGCUCCAAAGGUGGUGUACGCGGACAACAACUGCUGUCGUGACAGCGGUUCGUCGUUUUUGGAGAAUCUGUUUGGUGACUGGGUGAAGAGGGGUACCGUCAUCAGGCUGGACAUCCGCCACUGGCUGCAUCGCUGGGAUGCCGUCGUGAUCAAGCAGAGCCACGCCAAGUAUGGGGCUUUCAUGAGUGCCAUGGCGGGUGCCGUGCUCGCCUACAACAAGGCGGACAUGAUGCUCCUUGUCCAGGCGGUCAGGAACGGUAACCCAGAGCUCUACGGCAGGUACUCUGAUGAGGAGAUGAUGGCCUUCCUCAAGCCUUAUCAGAUCAGGUCGUAUGUAAGGCGUAUUACCUGUGGGGUUGUGGAGACUGCUUUAGUGAUAGAGUCCAUCCUUGCUGAGUUCCGGGGACCAGCCGGCCUUGACAUCGAUGGCAUUCACCUGUUCAAGUCGCCAGAGGCAGUCGACGCUCACUGGGCAGUUGCGAGCAAGCACCUCAGUUGCAUGCAGGAUCCCCCUGGCAUACCGCUGUAUGUGUCUGUGAAGGUGGUGGUGAUGAACGGCGUCCGACUGAACAAGCACAAGUGCCGGCGAGGCAGCAACUCUCUGGAGGGGUUGCACGCCCACCUGUUCAACGCCGUCCCUUCACAGCGAUGUGGGAUUAUGCCAUUCCAAGUAUACUUGGUAUCCUUUGCCAUGCAGUGGAACCACCGCAUGACAUCGCUCCGUGUCGCUGGUGGUCAUGGCCAGCAGACGUCGUGCUUGGACGCGCGGCAGAUCCAGCGCGUCAACCAGCAAGCCGAGGUUCUCUUCGGCAAGGAACACGUCCUGGAGCCCAACUUUGCUGCACCGAUGCCGGUCCCCGAAGUGUACGAGCACCCCGACGAGGAGGAGCUCCUUGGUGUCGAGUACGCCAUGUGCCAGUCCACCAGCUUCACUGCCAGGGACUACUACGUGCAGAAAGUUGAGGAAGAGCAGUCGCGUGAGGAAGAGGAGGAGGAGGAGGAGUCGGCUGAGCAGGGAGACGACGAGACUGCGGACGAGGGUCUCGGCAUGUCUUCUGAUACAGAGGAGGACCCGAUAGACAGAGUCUGUGGGAAGCACGUCGUCCUCACCCAGGCAGAACAGGCGGAAGAGGAGGACAGUCCUGCCCUGCAAGACGUGCUGAUGAGCCAUCGACAUCUGCAUCUGCCAGGUAUAGAGGAAGUGGAAGCACUGGCCUUGCUCCUCCUAGAACUGGCCGACAACAGCGACCACCACCUAGUGCCGGCUGACCUCAGGCAGAAGAUCGCCGCCGCCGCCAGCUCUCUCCACGACCACGACAAGACCGCCGCCCGCUUCGUCAAGCGGUACGAGUCCAGGUGGGGCUACACUUUGUUCGGUCGGUGCCUUGGGGCGGACUCUCCCGAGACCAGAGCAGCCCAGAAAACAAAGUUUGGCUGCAUGAGGUACGCUCAGGCGGCACAGGUGACCGAGGACAGUCGCCUGCUCUACCUCCUCCUCAAGAUGCUGAAGAACCGAGCGCCGACCAAUCAGCUCACCUCCCCCAGCAAGAUCACGGCUUCUUUGAAGGGACAGUAUAAGAGGAUUGCAGACCGAGUCCGAGACGACCCCAUCCUCGGCAGUCUCCCCAUUCCACUUCCCAACUUGAACGCCAAGUCCAUCUCGACCUUCACUGCCAGGGAGGAGAAAAAGGCCAACUACGAGGCGACUGUACUGCCGAAGGUGACGCCUCACCUGAAAGUGCUGUCAGACGCACCGUUCCCAGAAGCUCCUGCACUGCCAACAUCCCUCCCACCGCCAGACCGGCCUCAGGUCCAGUACCAGCACGUUCAUCACGAGGCUGGAAAAAGACGUGGUGAGAAGCGGAGAUUAUUUGUUGAAGAGCCAGAGCCUGUGCCUCCUGUGAACCGGCCCGUUCAGCCCACGGCGUCGUCCUCCUUCACUCGGCCAAAGCCUACUGCGUCCACCCACCUCCAGCCAAAGCCUGCUGCGCCCACCUAUGGACCACCCCCUGUGUCGGCAGCACCCAUACUGCUGGUUCUCCCCGCACAGCCACAGGCUCCCUCCGUCCUGUUUCGUGGGCCAUCGUGCAGCCAGAGCUUUGUACCUCCUGCACCAACAGUCAAGGCAUUCAUGCCGAACAAGUCCUCGCGGCCAUGUGGGGCUUGCCAUGUGCCUAAUUGUGGUGGACAGCGGAAGAGGUACACACCUUCCAAGGACAAAGUGGCUGGAAGCACCCAGAAGAUAUUUUCCUACUGUCCAUCCACUAGGAAAUCCACCACCUCUGGGUUUGACAAUGUGGUGUACGACAGCUUUGAACACUUUAAAAGUGUGGUGGAUGUGGAGUUGGAAAAGAGUGUGUAAAUAACUUAUCUCUGUGAUGCCACUUCUCCUGUGCCAUCUGUAGGAGAGAGAAAGAGGCUUGUUUGUGUUUGUUUGUUUGUGUGUUUGUGUUUUAAAGUGCUUCAGCAAGUACAAACAAAACUAUCUAUUUAUUUAUAUAGUUCAGAAGUUCAAAAAAAUGCACUUUACAGUUUUACUUAAGAAUGUUCUUGUGUUUGUUUUUUAUUAUUAUUUAUGUUGCUGUUAAAAUGCACUUUGUAGUAUCUUUUUUUUAUAAAAAACAUGUUCUGGCCUAUGUUUAAUAUCAAGGCCAAUCUAACCUCAAUCAUUUUAACCUUAAUCAGUUCCGAUCUAACACAAUCAGUUUACAUACCCUUUAGUGGUUGUUCAUGUCUGAUAAUAUGUGUUUUUGUCAUGUAUGUGUUUGUCUUUGUCAGCUUCAUGUCUUUGUAAUGUUUGUAUGUCUUUGUCUGCUUCAUGUUUAACAAAAGUUUGCCAAAGAAAACACACAAAAAAAAUCGAACAGGCUUGAGCCUUUAUUUGUUGAUUAGUGACCUGAGUCUUUGGAUAAUCCUGUUCUUUAUUGGGCUUUGGCCUGUACAAACCAAUUGUUAAUUUUUAUCACAAGUACAAGUUUGUGUUUUUAAUUAAGUGUUUUUGAUUAUUAUAUGUUAUUUAUGUGCGCGUGUCCUUGUGAUGUUUGUUUGUCUGUCAGCUCCAUGUUUAACUAAAUGUUCACAAAUGGUAGUAAAUGUUUGUCUCUCGUGUUCUCGCUCGUAGAUCUGUACCUUGUCGUGGUGAGUGAGCUUUAAACCAAACAGAUCUUGUUUACUUGUGUUUUCAUGCAUUGCCUUUUAAAUGAAACACAUUCUGGGUGAAAAAUAAAAGUUGUAAAAGUAUUUCAAGUAUUUUGGAGUCUCUGUAUGCUUGGGUUUCAGAAGGGGUGGGAUAGUGUAAAAAAACACAUCAAAGCAAUUAGAAGUCCUUGUUUCUUCUCCGCCACUACCACAGGUGUGAAUACACCCCACUGUGCGCUGGCUACACCCCCUGGGUGGUCACGAGUUCUGUGAAAGGCUUUGAUGUCUUCCAGACAAAGUGAGAGUGUACUGAUACAUGACACCUUUUCUUAAUUCAGCCCAAAAAUGUAACUAUGAAAAUAAUAAACAAAACAUUCAGCAGACUAGUAUAUUUCAAUAAACCAGGCCUUGUACAUGACAAUUUCUGUAAAUAACACUGACCACCAGAUGGAACCAUCCGUUUUGAUCAUUUUCGAUCGAUCCCAGGGUUGAGCAAUAUGUACUUGGGGGGGUCAUGAGCCAUUCCCAGGCGGUCUCCCAUCCAAGUACUAACCAGGCCCGACACUGCUUAGCUUCCGAGAUCGGACGAGAUCGGGCGUGCUCAGUGUGGUAUGGCCGUAAGCAAUU